AACUUGAUUCGUGACUCCUUCAAGUAUUAACGCCACCUAUUCCUGGUUAAUAGAUUGGUUGUGAUUGCCUAGUUCUCAGCUUAUUUGUAGUUUUUUUUCUGUUCCAGAUUUUCACAUUACCACUCACAAGUUACUCUCAGAGUAGAUUCGAAUUUACGAAGAACUGAACUUAAUGGGUUACAUAUAUGAUGUUUUUAUUGUCAGUCUGCUGCUUCAACCCUGUUUUUACAUUUUUGUUUCAAGCCUUACUGCUUCGUGAAUACACCAGUAGUAUUUUAAUUAGCUAUACAACAGCGCUUGUUAAUUAAUAUAUCAGAGUGCACGUUAACGUACAUCCUGAUAUAAUACAUCCCAAGCUCCCAACUUUGGGGAAAUUUCGAGGAAAUCCCCCCAUGUAAUAAUACAUCCCUAAAGUCACGGGAAAUUUCUGGGUAGAACGCGAAAUUUCCCCAAAAUUGUGAAAAAUGUCGAGGUUUUAUUAAUAAAUAUAAGCCGACUUCCCCAAAGUGUAAUAAGAUUCUGGGGAAACAUUGGGGUUUUCGUGCCAUUUCCCCAAAGUUUACUAUGGCGGCUUUCCCAGAAUGGGUCAUAUUCCCCCAAAAUUGGGAGCUUGGGACUGGAUUAGUAGUGGACUUCGGAACUUGUAGGCGUAGCUGCAGAGCCCGAGGAACAACCACUUGAGAACUCUUAGACAAAGCCAUGUAAAUAGGUGUGGGCUACCUGACUGUGGUCUCCAUGAUUAUCGUAACUAGUGAUUAAAGGCUCUAAGUGACGCUACUCAGGCUGGUUUGUAAUGGCAUGGGCGCGUCUACUCUUCAUAUCAUUUAGAAACUAAGUCUCAAAAUCUCAAAUUUUCGUAUACGCAGUUUUUCUGCUUCUGAUAGUGUAGCUACCUUAACGGCCUAAUGGAGUGUGUCAGGUUCCAUGUCGUACAUGACCAACUACUUCUCAGUACGCUUUUUGUAAAAGCCUCUAUUCUAUCCCUGUUUGGUGUUAUGAUAUGUGUCUUUAACAUAUUAAAUUUUCAAGAUUCAUUGCAAAAAAGAUGUGCUAGAGAUUUGUCUUUACCUAGGUCAUACAAUUGUUGUGUUUCUGCAAUGAAGUAAUAUUUUCAGUUAAUUUGUUGCCCAUCAAAAUUAUUCAUCAUUUUGCUUUAUGCUUUGGUGAAUUCAGCUUAAAUUAUAAUGACUACUAUGGCAGGAUUAAAAAGUCACGAUUCUAUUCUUUCAAAGUUGGACACUUUCAAGCGUAAGAGAAAAGCUCGCCUGGAAGUUGAAGAACUCAAUAAAGAAAGUCGUCAAGCCAUCGAAAUGGCAGUUAGUGCUUUAACAACUGACGACCCCAAACAAUAUCAAUUGGAAGAAGGACAAGAGCGUUCUUUUAUUGAGAAGUCGUCCCAAAAUUCUGAAGGUGUUAAGAAUUUAGUGGACAAAUUAUUGACAUGGAUUAACAACGAACUAUCAGAACAUCGAAUUCUCGUGAGAGAUAUUCAAGAAGACUUAUAUGACGGUCAACUUCUGCAAAAGUUAGUUGAAAAACUAGCGAAGAUAAAGCUCGAUCAUCCUGAGUUAACGCUGUCUGAAAUUGGACAACUUCAACGCCUGCGUGGUGUAUUACAAACUGUCAACGAAGUACUUCAUGUAUCAGAAACUUGGGCCAGUCAACGAUGGACUGCCGAACGUAUUCAUCAGAAAGACUUGGUUGCUAUUCUGCGCCUACUAGUUGUUAUUGCUCGUCAAUUUAAACCAGAAAUGCGUUUUCAAGCAGGUAUUUUUCUUACCGUCAUAAUCGCUCGCAAAUUAAAUGGUAAAUUGGAGUAUCGUUACGAAAGGGAAUACAUCACUGAAGUCACAGAAACAUUGCCCGCUGGCAGUCCUUUUGACGCCAUAUCAGAACAUCAUAUGGUUUUGCAAGCAGUUCUUACUUUUAUCAAUACACAUUUGGAACAAGUUGGCCUUCAUGUUAAUGAUCUCUCCAAAGAUUUUAGAGAUGGUGUCUUACUUAUCCUAUUAAUGGGUCUUAUUGAUGGCUAUUUUGUACCAUUUCAUGCAUAUCAUCCAACACCAACAACAGAAGAAUUGUGUACAUCAAAUGUUAAACUAGCCUUUGAACUUAUUCAAGCAGCUGGUAUGGUUGAACCUCCAGCAAAACCUGAAGAAAUUGUUGCAGGCGAUAGCAGUGCUGUAUUACGCGUGUUGUAUGGCAUCUACUCAUAUUGUGCACAUAUGGAGGAUGAACAACGUCGGUAUGAAAUAAAUAAUAUUCGAGAACAAGGUGAGAUGGAUGGAUAUUACGGUAAUAAGCAGGAACCUUCUGUACAACAUGGUGUAAUUAAUUUAUCGUAAAGUAUACGUAACUGUGAUAUGUCUCUGCUGUUUUCUGUGAUGCUAACAUUUUAAAAAUUACCGUGGAUUAAUAUGCGUUACCACUGGAGUGACUUACUUUUAAUGAAUAACAGGUUAUCGUUUGAUGUUCUUUAGUUACUUUCUUUUUAGAAAUGAUAAACAAUGAAAUGAAUUUGUAUGUAAGUACUCCAUUAUAUUAUUUCUCUCUCUCCUCUGCGAAUAUACGCUCUUCAGCCUGACAUUUUUUACACCAUUAAACGUUGUGAUAUCAGUUUUGUAGUUAUCUAUAUUAUUUUUGUGCGGUUAAUUGUUUUACUUUCCUAAAUAUUGAUGUUAGUUUCAAUUUCUAGAUACGAUAAUAAAAGCAAUAACUUUGAAAAGAUUCAUUUAUGAUUAUGUUCCUUUUGGUUAACUGAUAGUGUAGUUUAUUAUUUUUCUCCGCGCUAUGUAGUUUUAUUGUAUAUUGUAUAAUUUUUCUGCGCCCGUGGGUUUUAUCUCACUGAAUGUGUUCAUUACUACUAAAUAGAAUGGGUUUUUGUCUUUUUA